CCUAAAUGUUUCCGAGUUUUUAGUCGAGCACCGUAGCCUCGCAUUACUCCAGACGGCUGGCUCUUUCUGGCACACAACGAAUUAUCGUCAAAUUACGCGCUUAGCGGGUCACAUUCCGCCAAACUGGUAACGUUCCCCAUCUCGUUGCCGGGGCUAGCCAGCAUGAAACCGACCCGUGCAAUAUUUGUACAAACAAAUGUGAACGUUGGUACGAUACGAUUUUUUUGAUUCCUUCGAAAUUAAGCCGCUAUGCCAAUGAUACUUAAAAAUCAAGUGUACAGCCAACAUCUUCCGUCGUCAACAAUCGUGCCCACAUCAGACACGUUCCUCCAAUACAAGCUCUGGUUAUGUCCGGUGUUUUCGCGCAUAGCGGCUCGUUAUCUCUAUGGGUUUGGCUCCUUUAGUCCCAAUUGCGUAGCCCUUUACGAUAAUUAGACGUGACAACCGCGUCCCACAGCAACCGGCCAUUGGCCGCCUUAGGCUCCUUAUACCACUCAGUCAAGCAUUUUCUUAGUCACUCGGUUGCCCCAGCGCCCUCACUAUCAGUGGUAUUAACAGCAGACAGCGAUCGCAAACAGUCAAAGAUCAUUGUCAGGGUUUGUACCAAAACAAAAAUGGCACCUGUGUUGUGAUCAACGGAAGCGAUUUUUUGAGAAACUAUAUUACUACCAUGUGAGGGAGUACAAUUUGCUACAAAAUAAAAGUGGUCGAGGAGAUCACCAAAUAGUGCUGCGUGUGCUAGUGAACAUUAUGCGCCAGUGGGUUCUUCGACACAUUUUUGUGACAGUGAAUUUCGCUUGAAUGAAAAGUAACUGCAUCUUUACAAGAUACAUUUAAUGGACUCGGAACUAUAAAUACAUAAGAAGAGUUUUACUGUUGAUAAAAAGAUUGACCAACUACGCUCAUUAUUAAAUCGUUUAUUAUGACUGGCUUACGUCAGUUUUUUUUUGAAUUCCGUAGGGACGGGACAACAAGGCUGCAUGCUUAACUAAGACGUGUCCUCAGCUGAUUGCAGUGUCUACGUGUCACAGGGAGCAGUUUAGGAUGACACUUCGACGUCUGAUGGUACCUGCGUCUACUACCAGAUUUAUCUAAAAAUAACCACAUAAGUAACAAUGUGCAUAAAAAAAGUGUCGUAUGUUUCGUUUUCAUCUUUAUUACGGAAAACCCACUUGUUCACCGAAAGGCUACAAUACACGUUGACGACAUGAUUUCGGACUUCACUGGUCCCCUGAAAUCUACCAUUGCGGAUUUGCGAAGUUCCACGGUCCGUUGUGAUGGUGCGUACGUAAAAGAUUCUGGAGAGGGGUACGGCACUGUUAUAGACAGAACUGCGGAUGGGAGAAACAACUGCUAUCAUAACAUAGCGAACACAAUGGCGUCGAUAAAACUGCCACUCUCAGUGGCAGCUGAUUUUGAGUCCCUAAACGAUAUGUGUGAAAAAGAACUGGACAAAAUAGUUCCUAAGCAAUCGGCUGGAGUACUACGGCGAGCCCUGAAUCCCUUAUUUCAGGAGGCGGACAAAUAUUUUCGAGAGGGCAAUGAAGAAAAAGCUUACAUCGUCUAUAUGAGGUACGCGAGUUUGGCUAUGAAAGAGAAGGAAAAAGAUGUAGAAAAAAUAAAGAAGGCUUUAGGCCGAUUGGAGAGCCUAAAAACGUCGUUAAUAGAUCGAUACGCACAACGAAAUGUUGAGCAAUCGUUGGAUACUCUUCCAUCACUUCCACCUUUAAGUGCUCUAAAGACUGAUAUGGUAAACGGGUCUGUUUAUCCUUUGAUAUCUCCGAAAAGUACUGCAAUAACUGGUCCGCCUUCAGCACCCAGUAAACUGUCGCAAGAUAGUUUACCUUCAGUAGGAUUUGCGCGCACCUCAGUUAACGGCCUUAUGAGUGGCGGGAUAUCGAAAUCCAGCACGGUACCGAGUGGACCACCGAACACCCAUUUCGCAGUUGACCCCGAUCAGGGCGUCAGCAGCUCGAAACAGCCGAUCAAUGGGCAACAGCCUGACCAAAAAAGUGUACAUUUUGUCACCUGUGGGAUACUUCAUUCACUACUGAAGGAAAACAAAGCGCUUGUACUCGACUGUCGCAGUGCAGAGGCGUUUAAAGAUUCUCAUAUCAGCCUUUCGCCAAACGUGAUUAAUAUUUCAAAACCUUAUAUGGGCAUGACGUCGUUUCAGAUCUCCAACCAGUUAACAAACGAACACAGACUACUAUUCGAAAGGCGAAAGGAUUUCGAAAAGGUCGUUGUUGUCGAUUGGGAUGGAAGAGGCUACAUGAAUCCUUCAGCUCCAGCUGCGUGCAUUGUCGAGGCAUUGUGGAAAUGGGUGCUGCAAAAUCAUAGCGUCACUGUUUAUCAUCUGAAGGAUGGCUACCGGCUCUGGGUCAACUUCUACCCUAAUGACACAACAAAUUCAAAACCAAACGAAAAUUUCAACAAAGGAACCGAUGUGCCUAUCACCGGCCGCCUGCUUACAGACAGUAAUCUGAGCAGCCAAUCGGGUGGCCUUAAAGGUAGAGGAGAGCCAGUUACUGCCGAACAGCUUCGCAAGCUCACUUGGCAACCUGAAUCGUUCGAACAGAACGUUCAAGUUGUCAAUACGCCUGCGGUAACGCCCACGGUCACCCCUGCCGGCCAAACGUCAGCAGGAGCCAACCCACGAAGUACCUCAACGAGUUCACAUAACACGGCAUCGUCUGGGGAAGGAGGAGCAACCGUGAGACCUGUAUUAUCCGUGCCACCGUUUAAUGACAUUGGUGGAGCAGGAGAUUUUCGACAUGAUGGGCCUGGCGCUAGCGAGCUUAGCCGAGUAGAUCGCUCAUCCCAAGACACAGUCAAACAAUUUACGCAAUCAGUAAACGAAAAAAUUUCGGCUCAGGUGGUUGUGCCGAAACCGCGAACGAAAUCUGAAGCCGGCGACAGUUCCACCGCGCCCUUGCCGCUUCCGUCGAGCUAUUCGAAACCGUCGAUCAUGCGAUCCCGAUCAUUAGAUAAUAUCUAUGAAGAGAACCUGCGAGACGAUUCCUUCAAUCGUCCUUUGGCGUAUCCGGCUAAGGCAGGUGCAACCAAUUGUGAACAGUUGCAUCAGUUAAUGAACAAGCGGCCGUCGAUAGACCGGAGUCUGAAACCAUCGAACAGUUUAGACGCCGCCACAGUCCAUCGGUCGAAAGAUGGCACUCAUCCACAGCAAAAUGCUGUGGGAACAUUGCACGCUGGCAGCAACAAUACAACCGGGGUCUAUUAUGAUGGUAAUAAUAAUAACGAUCACCGAAUAGCCAAUGGCAGCUUCAACCUCAACAACAAUAACGUGUUCGUGUCGAACAGUAACGAGGCAAAUCAACGGCAGUUGAUUACGUCGACGAUGGUGCGGCCAGUUGCUGCUACGCGAGUGACGGCUCGGCCGAAUAUACCACCGAGAACUCGACGAAGUCAAUCACCUGUACAGGUGUAUCGAUAUGGUCUGAUUGAUCGGACAACGGGUUUACGUAACCUCGGCAACAGCUGUUACAUGAACUCCGUGCUGCAGGCGCUUGCCCAUUCAACAGAAUUCGCCCGAUACUUCGUAAGCCGACAGCACGAAAACCAUCUCAAUGUGAAUAAUAAACGUGGAAGUGGGGGUAAGCUACCGGGCCUGUUUUCACAGCUAUUAUCGCAGCUUUGGUCGCAGAAUGACACUCGAGAAGCACUUGGGCAAUUUCGUAGCCUAAUGGGCUCCUUGUAUCCAAUGUACUCUACAUAUGAUCAACAGGACAGUCAUGAGUUCCUCGUCAAUCUGCUUGAUCGGCUCCACGAAGACCUGAAUUCAGCUGAAAAGCGCAACCGCCCCAAUUCUUUGAGCAACCCAGAUGCCGUGGUCACGUUCCCGAUGCUUGCCCAAGAACUUAACAAGUUUUUUACCGCGCACAGUGACAUGCAUAUGUCGUGUGUGACGCAGAACUAUGAGGGAAUUCUGGUGUCAGGAUUAAAGUGUCAUACAUGCGACAAUGACUCGUAUACAUUCCAGGUGUUCAACGUACUGUCUGUCCCAAUUCCAAAUGUAAGCGGUCUGGACAUUUUUCACUGCUUCGACGAGUUCUUCCGGGAAGAGAAGGUAGAAGAUUGGCACUGUCCGCAUUGCAAAGCGAAACGGACGGCUAGCAAGCAUAUGAGGAUUGCGCGGUUACCCAAACAUCUCAUCAUACAUCUGGUUCGAUUCAAGAACGAGUCGUGGACCGCGUUCUCGUUUUCGUCCUAUAAAAAAAUAACCAACGUCGUAAACUUUACGAUCGAACUCGACACCCGAGAACUCGCCCAAUACAUCUAUUCGAAAGAAGUUAAACUGAAGAGUUAUACGCUGUAUGCCAUCGUAAACCAUUACGGAACAAUUUCUAGCGGACAUUACUAUUCGGAUUGCCGUUUCUUACCCAAUCCACAAUGGUACCGAUAUAGUGAUCACCAGGUUACAACCCUCCAAUCGAAGGUGCCCGAUGUGGGUAGUGCCUAUAUGCUUUUCUAUUCCUGCGUUGAUUGAUCGCGUACGUGCUUCAAUAUC